GGCGCGGGGCGGCCGUGAGGGAGCGGGAGCCGUGAGGGGCCGGGAUCGGCCGGGAUCGCGGGCCGGGAUCCCUGUGGGUCUCGGCGGGCGGCGCCGGCGCCAUGAAGUCCCGCUUCAGCACCGUCGACAUCCGCGCGGUGCUCGCCGAGCUGCGGCAGAGCUUGCUGGGAAUGAGAGUGAACAACGUUUAUGAUGUGGAUAACAAGACCUAUCUCAUUCGCCUGCAGAAGCCGGAGUGCAAGGCCACGCUGCUGCUGGAGUCCGGGAUCCGCAUCCACCUGACGGAGUUUGAGUGGCCAAAGAACAUGAUGCCAUCCAGCUUUGCCAUGAAGUGCCGGAAGCACCUGCGGGCGCGGCGCCUGGUGAGCGUGCGGCAGCUGGGCCUGGACCGCGUGGUGGACCUGCAGUUCGGCAGCGAGCACGCCGCCUACCACCUGAUCCUGGAGCUCUACGACAGGGGCAACGUCGUGCUCACCGACCACGAGUACCUGAUCCUCAACAUCCUGCGCUGCCGCACCCACGAGGCCGACGACGUCCGCUUCGCCGUGCGCCAGCGCUACCCCGUGGAGAGUGCCAGGCCUGCCGUGCCCCUGCCCACCUUGGACAGGUUAACUGAAAUCAUAUCAAAUGCACCCAAAGGGGAGCAGCUGAAGAGGGUUCUCAACCCACUCCUCCCUUAUGGGGCCACUCUCAUUGAGCACUGCCUUAUUGAAGCUGGAUUUUCUGGAACUGUCAAAAUAGAUCAACAGCUGGAAAAUAAAGAAAACCUUGAAAAGGUUCUUUCAGCUCUAGAGAAAGCAGAAGAAUACAUGGCCCUCACUGACAACUUCAGUGGAAAGGGUUAUGUUAUCCAGAAAAGGGAGAAGAAGCCAAGUCUGGAACCAGAUAAACCAGCAGAAGAUAUCUACACAUAUGAGGAAUUUCAUCCUUUCUUGUUUUCUCAACAUUCAAAAUGUCCCUACUUGGAAUUUGACUCAUUCAAUAAGGCUACAGAUGAGUUCUACUCCAAGCUGGAGGGGCAGAAGAUCGAUCUGAAGGCCUUGCAGCAGGAAAAACAAGCAUUGAAGAAACUUGAAAAUGUCCGUAGGGACCAUGAGCACAGACUGGAAGCUCUCCAGCAGGCUCAGGAAGCUGACCAGCUGAAGGGGGAGCUGAUCGAGGUGAACCUGGAGGUGGUGGACAGGGCCAUCCGCGUGGUGCGCAGCGCCCUGGCCAACCAGAUCGACUGGGCCGAGAUCGGCGCCAUCGUCAAGGAGGCCCAGGCCCAGGGGGACCCCGUGGCCACGGCCAUCAAGGAGCUCAAGCUGCAGACAAACCACAUCACCAUGCUGCUCAGGAACCCCUAUGUGUUAUCUGAAGAGGAAGAGGAGGAGGAUGGUGCUGACGUAGAGAAGGAAGAAACAGAAGGACCAAAGGGAAAAAAGAAAAAGAAUAAAACCAAACAGUUGAAGAAGCCUCAGAAAAACAAACCCUUAUUGGUUGAUGUUGAUCUCAAUUUGUCUGCCUAUGCCAAUGCCAAAAAGUACUAUGAUCACAAAAGACAUGCAGCCAAGAAAACUCAGAAGACAGUGGAAGCUGCAGAAAAGGCUUUUAAAUCAGCUGAGAAGAAGACAAAGCAAACCCUGAGGGAAGUCCAGACUGUCACCACCAUCCAGAAGGCCAGAAAGGUCUAUUGGUUUGAGAAGUUCCUGUGGUUCAUCAGCUCUGAGAAUUACCUGGUGAUUGCUGGCAGGGAUCAGCAGCAGAACGAGCUGAUCGUGAAGCGUUACCUCAAACCAGGGGACAUCUACGUGCACGCGGAUCUGCACGGAGCCACCAGCUGCGUCAUCAAGAACCCCUCAGGUGAGCCCAUCCCGCCGCGGACGCUGACGGAGGCAGGGACCAUGGCCCUGUGCUACAGCGGUGCCUGGGACGCGCGCGUGGUCACCAGCGCCUGGUGGGUGUCCCACAGCCAGGUUUCUAAAACUGCCCCCACGGGAGAAUAUCUCACUACUGGCAGCUUCAUGAUCCGAGGGAAAAAGAAUUUCCUUCCACCUUCCUAUCUGAUGAUGGGCUUCAGCUUCUUGUUUAAGGUGGAUGAGAGCUGUGUCUGGAGGCACCGCGAGGAGAGGAAGGUCAAGGUGCAGGAGGAGGAGCUGGGCACGGUUCCCAGCAGUGCCAGUGAGCUGCUGGCUGAGGACGUGGAGCUUUUAGAUGGAGGAGACAGCAGCAGUGAGGAGGAAAAAGCCGAGGCUGGGGAAGCUCCAGGGGAUGUGGAAGCUCCAGGGGAUGUGGAAGCUCCAGAGGAUGUGGAAGCUCCAGGGGAUGUGGAAGCUCCAGAGGAUGUGGAAGCUCCAGAGGAUGUGGAAGCUCCAGAGGAUGUGGAAGCCACAGCUGAGAGCACCCAAGAGGAGGGCAGAGCUGAGCAGGAAGGAGGGAACACUCCUGCUCCAGAGGCUGACUCCGAGGAGGAGGAGGAUGGAGACUCUGAGGAGGAGCAUCCAGAGCCCAAGGGGGAGGUGAAGGAGGAAGAGGUGAAUUAUCCAGACACCACAAUCGACCUGUCACACCUUCAGCCCCAGAGAUCCCUGCAGAAGAUCAUCCCCAAAGAGGAAGAGCCCAGCUUGGGUGACAGCAGGGCCCAGGGCCGGAGGCACCUCUCUGCCAAGGAGAGGAGAGAAAUGAAGAAAAAGAAGCAGCAGAACAACUCUGAGAACUCGGAGCUGUCUGAAGAGAAGCAGAAGGAGACAGAGCCAGAGCCCCAGCCUGUGGCUGCUCCCAACUGCCCCAAGGCAGCUCCAGCCCCCCAGCCCAUCAAGCGGGGCCAGAAGAGCAAAAUGAAGAAGAUGAAGGAGAAGUACAGGGACCAGGACGAGGAGGACCGGGAGCUCAUCAUGAAGCUGCUGGGGUCUGCAGGCUCCAACAGGGAGGACAAAGGGAAAAAAGGCAAGAAGGGGAAGACCAAAGAAGAGGCAAAGAAGCAACAGCAGAAACCCAAACCCGUGCAUCGUGCAGCAGGAGGGGGCAAGGAGACCCUCCCAGCAGGUAUUGUGCUGCACGAGGCACAGGAGCCAGCCCUGGAUGAGCUGCAGGAGGACAAGGAGGAGCAGGACCAGGAGCAGCCAGGACUGGAGGAGAGCGAGGCCCUGCUGGACUCCCUGACGGGGCAGCCCCACCCCGAGGACAUCCUGCUCUUUGCUGUCCCCAUCUGUGCUCCCUACACAGCCAUGACCAACUACAAGUAUAAAGUCAAGCUCACGCCGGGCACGCAGAAGAAGGGCAAAGCUGCCAAGAUUGCCUUGCACAAUUUCAUGCAGUCCAAAGAAGCCAGUGCCCGGGAGAAGGAUCUGUUCCGCAGCGUGAAGGUGGGGCUGGCUCUGUGUCCCCUCUGCAGAGCAGAGCAGAGUGGCCACAGCUGCCACUUUGGGAGGAAAUGCUGCCAAAACAUUGUGUGCUGCUGGGUUUGUUCAGCAGUGGAGUUUGUACUCCUGGGGAAGGUCAGAGAGUCCUGCAGUGCUUUGGGGUGGAAAGGAUCUUAAAAAUCCAUGGGCAGGGACACUUCCCACUACCCCAGGCUGCUCCAAGCCCCAUCCAGCCUGGCCUUGGACACUCCCAGCUCCUCUGGGAAAGCUCUGCUGCCCAGGCUGGGGAGGACCAGGAGAAGCUGAGCCUCAGUGGGAGCACUGGGCCUUCUGUGUCUGCACUGUGUCACUGUCUGACAAAAGCAGCAUCUCCAACAAACCCUCUGGGUUUGGAAUUCCUGGAGCAGGGCAGGAGCUUGCACUGGAGCUGAGGUUGGAGAUGUCCUGGUGCUCACCGGGGCCAAGGAGAGGAUCAUGCCAGUGCUCCAGAAAGGCUUUCCUGCUGUGGUCACUUCUCCUCUCCCCUGUUCCCUAGGACACAGAUCUGUCAAGAAAUAUUCCUGGGAAGGUGAAAGUGUCUGCACCUCACCUCCAGAACAUGAAGAGGAAGUGAUUCCAUGCUGGGGGCUCUGGCCCCACACCAGACCCGGGGCUGGGACAGACAGACACAGAGCCAGGACCAGGACUGAAUUCCAGCAGCCAGGGCCUGCAUUCCUGCUGGUUUAGCUGGACUCUUAUACAAAUUGCAGAUAAAAGUGGAAUUAAAUUGCUGGCAUUUGGUCAGGAAUGUCCUCCCCUGCUGCUGCUUCUCUCUUUGAGCGCUCGUUCCCCUCUGCUGGGCCAAGGCUCUGGAAUUUGGGGCAGGAAAACUCCGGGGUGUUCAAUUCCAGAGCCUCCAGGAGGGCAGUGCCAGUGGAGAACGCUUCCUUUGGGAAGGUGGAAUCUUGUUUCCCCCCAAACAUCCCCUGGCUGUGGAGAGAGGAAGGUGCAGGCCCAGAUCCCCCCAGCCCAGCUGUGCCAGAACCUGUGGAGGGGAGGAAGAGCAGGGCUGGGAGUCAGGAUAAACCCCCAGGAUCUCAGGAAUUACAGCACAGGAAUUGUUCUACAAGUCAACGUUUUUAAUUAGUUUUUGAAGACAGCUUAAAACAUGAUUCCCCCUUCCCCACAGCAGCACAGCCUGGCCCUGUCCCCCGUGUCCCCUCUCCAUGUCCCUGCAGCCAGGGGACAUCCCUGGGGCUAUUCCAGGGGCAGGGAACAGGCACAAACUCUCAGUUACACUCGCAGGGCAGAAUAUCUGCUACCUAAGGUUCACAACUGAAGUUCCACAACAUAAAAAUUCAAAAAAAAAAAACCAAAACCAAA